AUGGAAAAAAGUGUAGAUAGGACAGCCAUAGGAGCAAGCAAGCAGGGUCUCGGGAAAGAUUCUGCACGAUUGGCCAUAUGCACGGUUUCGAAACCUAUUGAAAUACUACGAGAGCCCAACGUGCCGCUGUGUCUUACUUUCAUCGACUUGAAGAACGUUUUUGAUUCAGUUGAGACGGAAGUGGUUGUGGAAGCUUUGACAACCGAGACGUCCUUACUCAAUACUUAG